GGCGUUCAGCUCGAAGCUGCCACAGGAUGAGGAGAGGAGAGGAGAGGGCGAGUUUAAUCCAUCAGAUUCCAACCUAACUGCCAUGAUGGAGGACAACAUUUAACGAGAAUGCUAUAAUGCAUCCAUAUAGUGCACUUUCGGCUUACUUGAAAAUUAGGAAUUUAUAUACGAGCUCGUCCGCGGGAUUUUCUUAAUUGGAACAUUUUUGGAACUUUCUUUUGAAUAUUGCCUGGCUGAAAGCAAACCCGUGCUGUGGACACACGCGACCUCUGACAUCACGGAUUUACGCAGCGCUUGUUGACGAUCUGCGAGGCUGUGGGAGAUCCUUCCCAGUCUGUGGUUGGUGAAUCCGGUGUCCAAGAAGACCGCCUCUCUCCGCGUCUGUCCAGUGCGUUAAAGCGAGUAAGGCGUCUCAGAGAGGAGGUACCGGGAUGAAAACGAAAAACGGCUUUUUUGCGAUUUUGCUGAAUUUUACAAGGGGAUUACGGUUCUGUUGCCUGCCUGCUUGCCUGCCAAUUUGGGUCACCUGCUUAGCUCCAAGGCGCUUUUAUUAGGCUCCACAUUCCUGCCCAGUGUUGAAUUAAUCUUUACCCUUCAUGUCGCAUUGGAAUAAUUUCAUCUAUCAUGGAUUUGAUUUUCUUUUACAAAGUCACCGUUGAGGCUCGGUUAGACAUCCUAUAGAUCCGGACACUGUAAGCUACCAUCGAACUCACCCAUAUAGCGCAACAUCAGGAGGGGAACAUGGCCAAAAAUGCCCCAGGCGGACCGUUGCGGGAUGACUUAAGCAAGCUCUCCGGAGAGGAGCUCUCCAGGCUCGGCAAAGACGAGCUGAUCAGGAGGCUACGGAAAACGGAUAACGAGAAAAUGUACUUAAUGGUGGAGCACGGGAACAUGAUGAAAGAUGUGAACCGGAGACUACAGGUCCAUCUCCAUGAGAUCCGCAGCCUCAAAGAGAUCAACCAGAAGCUUCAGGAUGAUAACCACGAACUCCGGGAGCUCUGCUGUUUCCUGGACGACGACCGACAGAAGGGCAAGAAGCUGUCACGGGAGUGGCAACGCUUCGGCCGCUACACCUCCGGAUCGAUGUGGAAGGAUGUCGGGGUGUACCAUCAGAAGCUGAAGGAUCUGGAAGCCAACCAGGACUCUGUGAUGCGGGAGAACCUGGAACUGAAAGAGAUAAUUCUGAUGCUGGAUGAGGAGAGGAACGGAGCCGGGUCACGGAGCUCCAUAGAUUCCCAGUCCAGCCUGACCAACCUGAACGGGGGCACGGGAACCGUUAGGGACGUCGGGGACGGGAGCAGUACCUCCAGCACCGGCAGCGCCGGUAGUCCUGACCACCACCACAACCACGUACACAAGCCAAACGAGGGAAAAAUAGCAUCCCUGCGGAGGUCUAUGGACGACCUAUCGCUGGCGUCACACAUCCACCUGCGCAUUCCUAAUGGACUGAAUGAUCCAUCUUCAAACUACAUGAGACAACUGGAGACCAAGGUCAGCAUCCUAGAGGAUGACAACAAGCAGCUGCUAUCACAGCAGGCUAACAGUGGUGAUCUGAACAGUCUGAGGAAGGGUCUGUCUCUCUACCACUCUGAGUCUCAGCUCUCCUCUCUCACACAGUACCAGCAGGACGCCGUGCAGAAUGGCUCCGGUAGGACCCCUAGUGGUGAGCCAUCCCCCCCAGCAGACUACCUCCCUGUGGGCCAGAAGCCCGAGGCUGUGGUCCAUGCCAUGAAGGUGCUCGAGGUCCAUGAGAAUCUAGAGAAGAAAAUCCCUGAAGACUACGACAAGGACCUCAGUGAGAAGGAGAAGGCCAUCGUCAGGGAGAUGUGUAACGUGGUGUGGCGUAAACUGGGUGACGCUGCGGGCUCCAAGCCUUCAAUCCGUCAGCAUCUCUCUGGGAACCAGUUCAAAGGGCCUUUGUAGUCCCUAGGACGACAUUAACCAGCACUCAAACGAGACAAACGGACAGACAAAUAAAUAAACAACAACAACAACAAUGGAUCCUCAGCACUGACUGGACAAAGGGACACAUCUCAAUUGACCCUCUCCUACUCUCUCAGCACUGUGACCGUGGUGAUCCAGACAAACCCUAACCUAAACCCAGCCCACUGCCUCUGUAUCUGUGAUAUCCAUCUUUGGCCUCCCUUAACCUCAUGCCCUGGUGGAUAUUGGAAUGGUGACCUGACCUGGGUAGUGGCUACAGGCAAUUUCAGAUUAGGGCAAAACAGCCCGGGGCGACGAAUGGUUCGAAACAGCGGGUGGCCGUCCUAUCGCCUCCACAGCACAACAGAGCACCUGCCUUCAUUUUCUGUCCAAUGCCUGACUAUUCUACAUUUUGAAUCGCCACCGUCAGUUGACAGUUAUGGUGUGUUUUUGAAGAAGAGGAAGAUGAAGGGAGGAUAGGGGCACGAGGCAUGCAUUACCAACUAAACUCUCCCUUACAACCUCACAACCAGUCACUACAGUACUGAGCUACUAUACCUGUGACCUGUUCUACAGUACUACACCUGACAGUCCCAACCAUCACGACAGUACUGAGCUACUAUACCUGUGACCUGUUCUACAGUACUACACCUGAAAGUCCCAACCAGUCACUACAGUACUGAGCUACUAUAACUGUGACCUGUUCUACAGUACUACACCUGACAGUCCCAACCAGUCACUACAGUACUGAGCUACUAUACCUGUGACCUGUUCUACAGUACUACACCUGACAGUCCCAACCAGUCACUACAGUACUGAGCUACUAUACCUGUGACCUGUUCUACAGUACUACACCUGACAGUCCCAACCAGUCACGACAGUACUGAGCUACUAUACCUGUGACCUGUUCUACAGUACUACACCUGACAGUCCCAACCAUCACGACAGUACUGAGCUACUAUACCUGUGACCUGUUCUACAGUACUACACCUGACAGUCCCAACCAGUCACUACAGUACUGAGCUACUAUAACUGUGACCUGUUCUACAGUACUACACCUGACAGUCCCAACCAGUCACUACAGUACUGAGCUACUAUACCUGUGACCUGUUCUACAGUACUACACCUGACAGUCCCAACCAGUCACUACAGUACUGAGCUAGAGCACUACACCGUCUCCACCCAACGUCUCUUUUUGUGUUUGUGUAAAUGUUCACCUACCAAGUGUUCAGGACUGACAACCACUCUAGGACGGACUAUUCUACUGCAGGCCCUGUUCUGUUCUUGACUUUGCUUCCAUGACUUCUCCACAGGCAACUGACUGACAACUCACUGACAACCUACUUUUAACAUGAGGAAAAAUCCUGGAAUUGUUCUGAUGUCAUUUCCUUCGGUGUAUAGUCACAAGCCAUAGGUUUACAUGACUUGAAACCUAGCUGCUGCAGCCUACUGUUUGAUAGUGUCGUCCCCUUUUGCCUGAGCAGGAAGUAUGUGUUCAAGUGUAGACAGAAUUGAUUUCAAAGUGUUCAACUAAAUUCUAGCACCAAAUCAGUUAUGUGUAACAAAAUGUAGCCCUGUUUAAAAAAAAGUUAUCAUUUAAGACCGUGUUUGUUUGCGCCUCAAAUGGCACCCUAUUCCAUUACAUGUUGUAACUAAGUACAGAAAGUGGAACACUGAGUUCAGUUUCAUACCCUGUGUUUCAAACGUUUCCUCCCAGGCAGAAAGCUUAUAGCCUGGGUAGGGUCUGUUUAUGCUCUCCUGCCAACUUCUAGAAUUGUCAAGCCAAAAAUGUUACAUUUUAGUCAUGUAGCAGGCGCUCUUAUCCAGAGCAACUUACAGUAGUGAGUUCAUACGUUUUCUCAUAAUAGUCCCCCGUGGGACUCAAACUAACAACCCUGUUGUUGCAAGCACCAUGCUCCACCACUUGAGCCAUACAGGACUUGACAAUGUCUGCAAUGGAGUUGGCAAAAGGACAAACAGCUCUCGGACCAGGCUUGAAAGCUUAGCCUGUCAGACUAUUAACUGAAACCUUAAGUCGAGGAAGAGGUUUUGGUUCAUGCAUAAUAUAGGGUCGCUUCUGAUGAUUGAUCAUGGAUUAGAACGUCAGGAUCUUGCUAGAUGGAAGUGGACUUUGAAUUCACAAUCUGAAUUUCUAAUGUAUGACAAUCGUUGAAACGGUUUUGAAUAACAACUGUUAUUUUGACCAGUCCUAACUCUUCCUCAAUGAGCUCUUAUAGGAACCAUACCUUAUGAAGUCUCAUUGGAGACUAUGUAUACUACAUGAGGUCUCUUAGCUGGGUCCGAUGUAUACUUCAUAAGGUGUCUUAGCUGGCUCCUGUACAUUAUGAUGUGUCAGGCCCGAUGUGUGCACAAUGAAGUCUCCUAGAGUCCCUAUGUCUGCUUUAUAAAGUCUCAUAGCUGUCAUCUCUAUAGUAGGACUUCAGUGUACAAUCCACUGAUACGCGCCGAUUAUGUUGACAUCGAUGAAGGCAGCCCCCCGCACCUCUCUGAUUCAGAGAUGUUGGGUUAAAAGCGGAAGACACAUUUCAGUUGAAUGCAUUCAGUUGCACAACUGACAAGGUAUCCCCAUUUCCCUUUCUCCCUCCCCUUUCCCCCUCCCCUUUCCCUUUCUCCCUCCCCUUUCCCUUUCUCCCUCCCCUUUCCCCCACUGCGUAGCUAAAUGAAGCUUCAUAGCUGUGUUCUAUACUCCGUGGCACCUCCUAGCUGAUUGCUGUGUAUUUGAGUCUUCUCAGUAUUGUAUGGUGAGGGCUAAUAGAUAAGCUACAUAACAUUGCCAUGAGACUGACAUAACAGAUGACAUAACAGAUGUCAUUAAGAGUUAUAGCAACAGAACAGACAGAUGUCAUUAGGAGUAAUAACAUACACUACAUGAGCAAAAGUAUGUGGACACCUGCUCGUCGAACAUCUCAUUCCACAAUCAUGGUCUUUAAUAUGGAGUUGGUCUCCCCUUUGCUUCUAUAACAGCCUCCACUCUUCUGGGAAGGCUUUCCACUAGAUAUUGGAACAUUACUGCGGGGACUUGCUUCCAUUCAACCACAAGAGCACUAGCUAGUGAGGUUGGGCACUGAUGUUGGGCGAUUGGGCCUGGCUCGUAGUCGGCGUUCCAAUUCAUCCCAAAGAUGUUCGAUGGGGUUGAUGGCAGGGCUCUGUGCAGACCAGUCAAGUUCUUCCACACCGAUCUCGACAAACCAUUUCUGUAUGGAAUUUGCUUUUGCAUGGGGGCAUUGUCAUUGCUGUAACAGGAAAGGGCCUUCCCCAAACUGUUGCCACAAAGUUGCAAGCACAGAAUCAGAUUCGUCUGUCGGACUGCAUUAUGGUGAAGUGUGAUUCAUCACUCCAGAGAACGCGCUUCCACUGCUCCAGAGUCCAAUGGCGGCGAGCUUUAAACCACUCCAGCUGAUGCUUGGCAUUGCACAUGUUGAUCUUAGGCUUGUGUGCAGCUGCUCGGCCAUGGAAACCUAUUUCAUGAAGCUCCCGACGAGUUCUUGUGCUGAAGUUGCUUCCAGAGGGAGUUUGGAGUGUUGCAACCGAGGACAGACAAUUGUUUAGCGCUACGCGCUUCAGCACUCAGCGGUCCCGUUCUGUGAGCGUGUGUGGCCUACCACUUUGCGGCUGAGCCGUUGUUGCUCCUAGACAUUUCCACUUCACAAUGACAGUACUUACAGUUGACCGGGGCAGCAUUAGCAGCUCUAGCAGUUUGAUGAACUGACUUGUUGGAAAGUUGGCAUCCUAUGAUGGUGCCAUGUUGCAAGUCACUGAGCUCUUCAGUAAGGCUAUUCUACUGCUAAUAUUUGACUGUGGAGAUUACAUGGCUUUGUGCGCAGUUGUAUACACCUGUCAUCAACUGGUGUGUGGCUGAAAUAGACGAAUCCACUAAUUUGAAGGGAUGUCCACAUACUCUUGUAUAUAUAGUGUGUGACUAUGUAUAUGAUAUCUUACCUAUAGGGGUUCAGGAGUUGUAUGUAAAAACGAAUGAGGUCUGAUAGCUGAGCUGAGUUGUAUGCAUAUGUAAGGCCAGUGAAUAAUGUAUAUGAGUACUCAUAAGAGUCUUAUAUACUGUAUGAGUUCUCUUGGCUAGUCUGAGGUCUGAAUAGGCAGUUAUAAACUGUUAAAAGACACUUGCUGCAUUCUCUCGGAUAUGUGUUCUAAAAUCUGAACUAAAGGUUUGCUGUCAGAUUGGUAAAUUAAUCUGAAUUGAGUUUGACACAUUGUCAAUCUAUAUAGGGGUAUAAUAAAUGUAUACCCUUUUUUUGUGUUAUACAGAAGGCUGUGUAUAAAUGUACGUUUACACAUCCCCAUGAAUUCUGGGUAAAAAGCAUUCUAAUUGGAGAGAAUAUACUGUAUUGAUAGCAAAAUAUAUUUUGGGCAAAGCCAGCCUGUCACCUUAUUCCCCAUUUAGUGCUCUACAUUUGACCAGAGCCCAAUUUACCUUGGUCAAAAGUAGUGCACUUAAUAGGGAAUAGGUUACCAUUUGGGAUGUAUCCGCUGUGUUUCAGUGUUGUUGAGGAGUCUGGAUUGCAGCAGGUGACUUUGAACAGUGACAGACUGACUGUGUGUUUGACCGGUCUCGUAACGUACAGUAUAAGUGCUGUGUGAACAAAAUGAGCAGGAAUCAACAAGGAAAAGCUUCAUAUAUAAUAUAUGAGGUAUAUUCCUGAUAUAUGAAGAUAAUUCUGUUUGAAUCGAGGACCUCGAUAAAAGCAUACACUGUUCUGUACAGUGUUGUCUUUAAUCGUCCGGCAUUGAUGACUAAGGAGUUUCCUGACGGAAAACUGUAUGAAUAAGUGUCCAUACACACUCAAAGUCUUCACAAAUUAAACUUUUGCAAAAGUGACCUUGUUCUUAAACAGAUAAGUCUACACGCAACGACUGACUUUUAUAUUUGUUCAUUUGAAAGCACAAAGUUAUGAUUAAAAGUUUGACUAUUUUCCUAUUGUUACAUUCAAACACAUUGCUUCUUUAUUAUCUCUAUGUUGAAACGGUGAUAAUUCUAUGUCCUUUUUUUUCAGCCUCUUUUUCUGUGAUACAUAGUUUAAGGUAUCCUAGGAUAUACAGUGCUAUGUACAUACAUAAGUAGUACUCCUGUAGCAUACAAUGAACUAGCAUGCCUUUAUAUGUUUUUCACAAGCUGUAUGUAGCUGAAAUUGGACUGUUAUUUUAGCAAAAUUAAAAUGUGACAACUGAGGUAAGCCGCUUUCAAAUUUUUUAAUAAAAUUGAAGUAUACUUUCUUUUUAA